UUAUAGACUGAUAUGCCCCCAAAAAAAAAAAAAAAAAAGAUCAAAGGCCAAAAUGCAAAUAUAAGCAUAGUUUAAAACCGAGAGAGGCAAUAAUACUUUUCUUUUUGCCUGUUUGAGAAUGCAUGAACUUUCGCAAUGCUAAGUUGUAAGACAAACUUUGAAAACGACUAGGAAAACACUGCCCAUUUCUUGGUCGUAGAAACAAAGAAUGACAACGGAGGGAGGCGAAAGAAACAGAGUAGCCAUGUUCGCAAAACUUGUGACGUUGUCCUUCUUCUUCAUAAGCCUAAGAGUAGUUGCCGAUGAAGAUCUCAGUUUCAUCUACAAUGGGUUCAAGUCUGCGAACCUGAGCUUAGACGGCAUCGCCGAAAUCACUCCCAAUGGUCUUCUGAGGCUCACCAAUGAUACUAAACAGCUCAAAGGCCAUGCCUUUUAUCCCAAUCCAGUUACCUUCAAGAAACCCACCAAUAAUGGCACUGCUUUCUCUUUCUCUACCACUUUCGUUUUCGCCAUCCGAUCCGAAUACCCGACUCUCAGCGGCCAUGGAAUCGCUUUCGUCAUUGCUCCUCAGAGAGGUUUGCCCGGUGCUCUUCCAAGCCAAUAUCUUGGUCUUUUCAACAAAACCAACAAUGGCAACGAUACCAAUCACGUCUUCGCUGUCGAGCUCGAUACGAUAUUGAGCAGCGAGUUUGAUGAUAUAAAUGAUAACCAUGUUGGGAUCGAUAUCAACGGGUUGAAGUCUGCGAGAUCUACUAUAGCAGGGUAUUAUGAAGAUAAAACUGGACAAUUCAAGAACUUGACCCUCAUCAGUGGCCGAUCGAUGAAAGUUUGGGUGGAUUAUGAUGGAGAAAAGAAGCAGAUCAACGUCAGCUUGGCUCCGAGCAAUGUUGGAAAACCCAAAAUUCCACUUCUGUCUUGGAAUACAGAUCUUUCACCGAUUAUUAAAGACACCAUGUUUAUUGGGUUCUCUUCCUCCACUGGCUCUGUUCUAACAUCUCAUUAUCUUCUUGGUUGGAGCUUCAAGAUGAACGGAAAAGCACAAGAACUAGUACUUUCUCAGCUUCCCAAGCUACCUAAAUUAGGAGGAAAACAGAGAUCUCCAUUUUUAACAAUUGGGUUGCCAUUGAUUUCUGUAUUUAUAACCGCUAUAACAAUUUUGGGUAUAGUUUAUUUCAUAAGAAGGAAGAGAAAAUAUGCAGAGCUAGUUGAAGAUUGGGAGGUUGAUUAUGGACCUCAAAGGUACAAAUACAAAGAUCUAUAUAUUGCCACGAAGGGAUUCAAAGAAAAAGAGCUAUUGGGUAGUGGCGGAUUUGGUAGGGUCUACAGGGGUGUAUUACCGAAAUCAAAUUCCGAAAUUGCAGUGAAAAGAGUCUCUCAUGAAUCAAGACAGGGGAUGAGAGAAUUUGUAGCGGAAAUAGCAAGUAUGGGAAGGCUCCGUCACCGGAAUUUGGUAGCUCUUUUGGGUUAUUGCCGGCGAAAAGGUGAGCUCCUACUGGUCUACGAUUACAUGCCAAAUGGAAGCCUAGACAAAUACCUUUACGACCAACCCAAAAUCACCCUGAAUUGGAGACAGAGAUACCGAAUCAUCAAAGGGGUUGCUUCGGGAUUGUUCUAUCUUCAUGAAGAAUGGGAACAGGUUGUGAUUCACAGAGAUGUCAAGGCCAGCAAUGUAUUGCUGGAUGGGGAAUUCAAUGGAAGAUUGGGAGAUUUCGGACUUGCAAGACUAUAUGACCAUGGAACUGAUCCUCGGACGACCCAUGUCGUGGGAACACUUGGAUAUCUUGCACCUGAGCAUACGAGAACCGGAAAAGCCACUACUGCUACCGAUGUUUUCGCUUUCGGUGCUUUUUUGCUUGAAGUUGCUUGUGGAAGGAGGCCGAUAGAAUUCGCCGGCAGGGAUGCUUCGACGGCGGAGGGGAUGAUUCUGGUUGAUUAUGUUUUUUGGUGUUGGAAAGAAGGUGAUAUUUUGAUGGCUAAAGAUCCGAACUUGGGUUUGGAAGAUUUUGUUGCAGAGGAAGUGGAGCUGGUGUUGAAGCUUGGGUUAUUGUGCUCUCAUUCGGAACCUGUAGCUCGGCCCAGCAUGCGACAGGUCGUUCAGUACUUGGAAGGUAAUGUUACUCAGCCGGAUUUGCAUUCGCUGGGGAUUUGUACGAGUGGAUUGACGACGUUUGGUGCUGGCCAUGAAGGUUUUGACGAUGUUGCAAUGUCGUAUCCUUCUUCUAUGGGCAAGGCGUUCUCUUAUGCGUCGUCUUCUUCUGUUGCAGAGUCGCUUCUCUCCGGUGGCCGGUGAUUGGAAUUUGGAAAUUAUUUCCGGAUCUUCAAGAUCUGCAAAACCUUGAUAUUGGCAAGGUAGUUUUAUACCAAGCUAGAGUUGAAUCUCAUAACCAAGAGAUCGAUUUGAAAUGUGAUGCCUCCAUAAAGCACCAAAUCAUCGUAUCUCCCUCUAAUUGGGGGUAUUAUUUUGUCUAUAGCCAUUUAAAGCAUUCAUUUGAGUUCAACCUA